CCGACCGCGAGUGCCCGAAUUCCGCCCGAGUGUUGCCGAAUGUAACACGAGUGUUUCCGAGUGUAGCCCGAAUGUUUCCGAGUGUAACCCGAGUGUUUCCGAGUGUAGCCCGAGUGCCGAGCCUUCCCGAGCGCUGCCCGAGCCUUGCCGAAGUCUGCCCGAGCGCUGCCGAUCCCCGCCGAGCGGCUGAGGGGAGCCGGGCCUGCAGUGGUGCCGGACGGCGAGCGCGGCCUGUGCGGGUGGUGUGCAGCAGGACUGUCCAAACCAUGAUCGAAGUGUUGGCCAAGCUGAGCCGAGGGCCCGUGUUUCUGGCAGGGGAGAUGCUGGAGUGUGUGAUCACCUUCACCAACCCAUUAUCAGCCUCAUCGACCUCUGCCAGCAGUGAGAUGCUGGCAUGGGCCAGUGCCCAGAUCCACUGCCAGUUUCACACCAGCGAGAACCGGGUUGCACUCCCUCCCUCUGAUGGCAGCAAGCACGACGUGCAGGCAGAGAAUGAGACCGUCUUUGUCCCCAACAGAGGAGAGCGGGGUCAGUGUAUCCUGUCCACCCCACCAAAGAUCCUCUUCUGUGACUUGCGACUGGAUCCUGGGGAGUCCAAGUCCUAUUCAUACUGUGAGACACUGCCUGUGGAUGGCCCGCCCUCUUUCCGGGGACAGUCCGUGAAGUACGUGUACAAGCUGACCAUCGGCUGCCAGCGUGUCAACUCCCCCAUCAAGCUUCUGCGUGUGCCCUUCCGUGUCCUUGUGCUGCACGGGCUCAAGGAUUACCAGUUCCCACAGGAUGAGGCUGUUGCACCCUCAAACCCCUUCCUGGAGGAGGAGGAGGGCUUGAAGAAAGACUCUCGCCUGGCAGACCUAGCGACAGAACUUCUCAUGGUGGCCACCUCCCGACGCAGCCUGCACCUGUAUAACAUCAGCAACACUCGUGGGAAGGUGGGGACUUUCUGCAUCUUUAAGACUGUGUAUAAGAUUGGAGAGGAUGUCAUUGGGACCUUCAACUUCUCGGAAGGAGAUAUCCCAUGUCUGCAGUUCUCGGUGAGCCUGCAGACAGAGGAGAGCAUCCAGGAGGAGUUCCAGCGCCGGCGUGGGCAGCCUGUCUCUUUCACCAUGCACGCCCGCCAUCAGGAGUCCUGCCUGCACACGGCACAGAGCAGCUUCAGCCUGCCCAUCCCACUCAGCUCAACCCCGGGAUUCACCACCAACAUCGUGUCCCUGAAGUGGAGGCUGCACUUCGAGUUUGUGACUUCUGGGGAGUCAGCAGGGACUUGCUUGGUUCGUGGAAGCCAGUCAGAGGCUGUCACCUGGACUGGCGUGGAGCAGAUGGAAGUGGACACCUUCAGCUGGGACUUGCCCAUCAAAGUUCUUCCCACAAACCCCAUCCUGGCUUCCUAUGUAUCUCAGUUCUCCAGCACUAACUCCAUCACCAUUUGAAGUAGGGAGAGGUUGUUGGCCUGCAGAGCUGCAAGUGUGUGCCACCAGUGGGAAUGGCAGGCAGGACUGUCACCCAUGUGCUGUGGUGCACGCAUCCCAGUGUCCCCUUGGAUUUACCUCUGAUGCCCAGGUGGUCACUGGACAUGUCUGCUGUCCAUGGGUGGAAGAACACUACUUGAUGCAGUGUCUUGUGCUGCAGCCCCCAGCUGGAGCUGGACCCUUCCUGCCUGGGUGAAGGUGCAAGUCCCAGCACUAAGCAAAAGAAUUCUGCCUUCCCAGGGAAUCGCUGAUGUGCCUUUAUCCCACACAGAGCUUCCAAGAAGGAAAGGGCCAGCCCAGGGAGGGGAGAGGAAAGCUCUUCCAGUCAAGCCUCACACCACCCUUGGGUGAAGGCUGUGCACUUACACGGACCGUGCAAGCAGAGAUCUGGAAUCCAGGUGAAGCACAGUGGCCACCUGGGCUGGGUGAGAGCCUGCUCUCCUGCCCUAGUAUGUAUCCUGCCUCUUGAAGAGUUGUCCCACACAUACAGUCCAGUGUCUCAGCCAGCCCCAUCUGGAGGAGGCAGGUGCUGGCAGGCCAGCCCUGUGUUGGUGGCAUGUGCUGGUGACCAGGGUGCAGGCCUGUGCUGUGUCAGUACGGUUGUGAUAAUUCAAAACUGAGCUGCACUGAGCCCCUGGGCUAUUGUCUGCCUUGGCUCCUGGGUGUGAAGGCAUCCUGCUGGUCUUUGGAUCCUUGGGGACUGUGCAUCCAAGAGCUGGAGUGGAGAUCUCCCUGCUCAACAGCUAGUUCCCCAAUUUUACUAAGACUUCCAGUGAGUUUUCCUCUUUGCAUGGAAAUGUAAUAAACAUCUGAAU